CAACCUGAUUUGAUGUCCUUGUGAAACCUGAUCCGGGCUUGCGGAUUUGUCUACGAAGAGAAGAGGGUAAAAAAAAAAAAAAAAAAAAAAAAAAAAAAUCGACAAAGAAAAAAAAAAAAACCCCAAUGCACUUAUGAUCAGUUCAGUUUGUGUCUCCUCGUUCCGCGGGCGAAAGUCUGGUAACAAGCCUCCUUCUAAGUCAUGUAUGAAAGGAGAAAUGGGCAAAAACGAGGACAGCGACAAGAUUGUCAUCAAUGUUGGUGGGGUGAGGCAUGAGACCUACAGGAGUACCCUAAAAACAUUGCCAGGGACAAGGCUCUCCUGGCUUACUGAACCUGACGCCUUUAGUAACUUUGACUAUGACCCCAAAACAGAUGAGUUCUUCUUUGACAGACACCCCCAAGUCUUUGCAUACAUACUCAACUACUACAGGACUGGGAAGCUCCACUGCCCAGCUGAUGUGUGUGGACCCCUCUAUGAGGAAGAGCUGGCUUUUUGGGGGGUGGAUGAGACCGACGUGGAGGCUUGCUGCUGGAUGAAUUAUAGGCAGCACAGAGAUGCCGAGGAAGCCCUGGACAGCUUUGAAGCUCCUGAACCCAUUGAGGAGGAAGAGGAUGGGGACUUGAAAAGACUGUGCCUGCAGGAAGAUGGCAGGCAGCUGGGAUGGUGGAAGAGGUGCCAGCCUAAAGUUUGGGCUCUCUUUGAGGAUCCUUAUUCUUCCAAAGCAGCCAGGUAUAUCGCUUUUGCCUCCCUGUUCUUCAUUCUCAUCUCCAUCACAACGUUUUGCCUUGAGACCCACGAGGCAUUCAAUAUUAUCAACAACAGGACUGAGACGAGCAUACGUAACAACGUUACCAGUACGGAGAUCAUAAUAGAAGUGGAGACUGAACCCUUUCUAACUUAUGUAGAAGGCAUGUGCGUAAUCUGGUUCACUUUUGAGUUUCUCAUGCGUGUUUUGUUCUGCCCAGAUAAAAUGGAGUUCAUUAAGAGCAGCUUGAAUAUUAUAGACUUUGUGGCCAUCUUACCUUUUUACCUGGAGGUCGGCUUGAGUGGCCUGUCUUCCAAAGCAGCCAAGGACGUCCUAGGUUUCCUUCGGGUUGUCCGCUUUGUCCGGAUCCUGAGAAUCUUUAAGCUCACUCGCCAUUUUGUUGGGCUCAGGGUUCUUGGACAUACUCUACGAGCCAGUACCAAUGAGUUUCUGCUUUUAAUCAUUUUCUUGGCACUUGGGGUUUUAAUCUUUGCCACUAUGAUAUACUACGCAGAGAGGAUCGGUGCUGACCCAAAAGACAUCACUGGCAGUGCCCAUACCAACUUCAAAAACAUCCCCAUAGGGUUUUGGUGGGCUGUGGUUACAAUGACAACUUUGGGCUAUGGGGACAUGUAUCCAGUGACUUGGUCGGGAAUGUUGGUGGGUGCCCUCUGUGCUUUGGCAGGUGUGCUAACUAUUGCCAUGCCAGUCCCUGUUAUUGUCAACAAUUUUGGAAUGUAUUACUCCCUGGCUAUGGCUAAGCAGAAACUACCAAAGAAAAAGAAUAAGCAUAUUCCCCGACCACCUCAACCCGGAUCUCCCAAUUACUGUAAGCCAGAUAUGCCGUCCCCCCAUAGGAGCAAUCAAGGAGAUUCCUGUCCUUUAGCACAGGAGGAAAUCAUUGAGAUCAACAGAGCAGACUCAAAGCAGAAUGGGGAUGCCGCCAAUGCAGCACUGGCCAAUGAGGACUGUCCUACUAUUGACCAGGCUCUGUCACCAGAGGAAAAGUCUCCUGUUACACCAGGUGCAAGAGAGAGAUACAAUCGUGACCGAGCUUGCUUCCUGUUGUCUACUGGAGACUUUGCACAUUCACCAGAUGGCAACAUUCGCAAAGAAAAUUAUAAGGAAAGUCCAGUCCUUGUCCGUUAUAUGCAGGCUGAAGCUGUCACUGUGAAUUAAUACGAUUUCCACCCAUAAUUAAAAUCUCCUUCAGACACCUUGAAUUAAGAGGAUUUUUUUUUUAUUAACAACAAAUGCAAGGUAAUGAAAAAUAUUAUAAAAUAAUAAUAAUAAUAUAAUGAAAUUGAAAAUGAAACCAGGCAAGGACCAGAAAGAAAAAAAAAAAGAAAAAUGCUCAUAUAAUGAAGAUUGGAAUCCUUUGUAACGCCAAUCAACAAUCCCAUAAAAAUGGCAUAUGGAUUAAAAGGAAAAUGGGCAACAAAGAACAAAGGAAUUUGAAAUAAACUGAAUUCUUCUAUUUUUUAAAUUGAGGUUAUAUACAAUGGAUUGCACUGGAGAGGAAUAUGAAGAAUGUGAUGAUUGCUUUGACAUUUUGAAUGGCAGAACUCUGCCGACGAUGCAAUAGUGCAUCUAAACUAUUAACAAUAAAAUGGAUAAAGAACUGGGAAAUGAUGACAAAACAAAACAAAAACAAAAGUAAACAUACUAUUUAAAGGUUGCAUUUUCUUAGCCAGCAUGUGUUUGCAUGUUAUACUGUAACAAUGAUAUUUAAUGUUAUAUGCAAAAACAAAAAAGUUAUAUUUUCCUUCCAGACUGCAAAAUCUGAAAAAAUAUAAAAAAUUUAGCCAGCCAUUCAAUGAGUACCUUAAAGACAUUUAUUUAAAUUGGAUGAAUAUAUGUAAGAAACUUUAUUUUUUAAUUUUGCAUCGGAUGAUUAUUCUUAACUUGGUUCUAGGAUUGUGUGGAUAAUUACUGUUCAAAUGGAAGGAAUAAUUAAUUGAUGCAUUUUCACGGAUGCGUACCAUGCGGUUGGGGCCUAUGUUUUUUGAACUUAAGGGAUGAUGAAUUGGUUUCAAUGAUUACUUUAUCAAUCUCGCCCUAUGUUACCAAGAGGUUCAAUGUACCAGGGUUUUUUUUACGGUUCAGGUUGAUCUGUUUAGAUCUGUGUGUUAAUGAGUUAUAUGGCCCUUUAGGGUUAUGGAAGAAGGAGAGAAAGAAAUUAAGAAACUGCCAUAUUGUUUGUUCGUGCACAGAACUAAAAAAAUGGCAGAUAAAAUUGAUAGUUAAAAAAAAAAUGGCUGAUUGACAAGUUAUUUGUAAAGCUUUAGAGAUGGAAAAAAAGGACUUCUCACGAUAUCAAGACACCCAUUUUCUCAUUAACUAACCUCGGUAGAAAGAGCGUCCUGAAGCUCGGUAAUAUGUUAUCUAAUCCUCCACAUCUCAUUGGCCAUGCUAACCAACUCAAGUACUAUGGUACUUUUACGGUUCCAUCUGGCAAAAGGGAACGCUUGGAGCUAUUUUUGCAUGUCUAAUUCACUUACUCAAAAUAUUUUGAUAUUAUCAAGGUUACAUAAAUUCUAAAGGCCAGUUAAUGCUAUGAUAGCACUUAAUAAAAUUUAGCAAUUUGUAUUGAAUUAACUUUACACACUGUAUAAGUAAAUUGAAGAGUCUUAAAGCUUUAUUCAGAACAUUUAUUUCCCAAAAAAAUGAACAAACCUUAGUGGGCAGGUUAAAUUUGUAUAAUAUUCUAAACAAAACCAUACACCAGAUUAAAUAUGUGCAAUUCAAAGACUAACUUGCGUAAAUGUGCCCUACCUUUUGCAAAAGUGCUUAGGUGGGAGCACUUUAAGUACAACUAAAAUAUGAGGGGUGGGGGGCUUGGCAAAGCAACAUUUGAUAAGAAGUCUAGAUUUCACUGUUGCUGUAGUUUAAAAUGUUACGUUAUGUUAAGUUGGGUUUUAUUUCUUUGUUUGUUGUUGUUUGUUUUUUUAAGUUGAUGCCUACCAAAAACAGAGGUGAUUUACUAAACAACGAUAAAUCGAGA